GAUGGCUGCGGAAAAGCUGAGAAGUAAAGUGGGCGCUGCUUUCAAAAUGCACGGCUUGGUCCUCCGCGCGGAGGCUACAAAGUAUCUCACAGAAGCUCUUCAAGCAACUAAUGAAGUGGAACUGGAAGACAUGAUAGAAAAUAUAAUUGAUGCUGUUGAAAAACAGUCUUUGUCAUGCAACAUGAUUGAAAGGUCCAUGGUGGAAACAGCAGUCUUGGAGUGCAGCAGAUCAAUAGAUGAAACAAUGGAACAUAUUUUCAACAUUAUUGGAGCUUUUGAUAUUCCACGAUAUAUUUACAAUUCUGAACGAAAGAAGUUUCUCCCCCUUUCUAUGACUGACCACUCUGCACCUAAUUUAUUUGGCUCUGCCAGGGAUAAAGCAGAAUUGUUUCGUGAACGUUAUAUCAUUUUGCAACAGAGAACCCAUAGGCAUGAAUUGUUCACGCCAUCUGCUAUUGGCACACAAACAGAUGAAAGCACAAGUAAAUUUCAGCUCAAAACUGUAGAAACUCUUUUGGGUAGCUCUGCCAAAAUGGGAGAAGUGAUUGUUCUUGGCAUGAUCACCCAGCUUAAAGAGGAUAGAGUGGGAGCGACUGAAUUGCUCAACCUUCCAAGUUGGUAUGAAGAUGAAGUAUUUCAUGUCACUGCUUUUGGAUUUCCACCUAUAGAGCCUUCUGCUACUACUAGGGCAUAUUAUGGCAACAUUAACUUUUUUGGAGGGCCUUCUUCAACCUCUGCAAAAUCUUCUGCAAAACUGAAACAAAUGGAGGAAGAAAAUGAGGAUGCCAUGUUUGUGUUUCUUUCGGAUGUUUGGCUGGACCAAGCAGAAGUUUUAGAAAAUCUCCGCAUCAUGUUUUCAGGUUAUUCGGCCAUGCCUCCAACUUGUUUUUUUUUCUGUGGGAAUUUUUCUUCUACUCCAUAUGGAAAAAAUCAAAUUCAGUUACUAAAAGAUUCUUUGAAAGCCCUAGCAGAUAUAAUAUGUGAAUAUCCCAGUAUCCAUGAAAGAAGUCGAUUUGUAUUUGUUCCUGGUUCUGAAGACCCUGGUCCAGGCUCCAUUUUACCAAGGCCACCACUUACUGAAAACAUUACUGAAGAAUUCAGACAACAGGUGCCAUUUUCAGUUUUCACAACAAAUCCUUGCAGAGUCCAGUACUGUACACAGGAAAUAAUAAUCUUUCGGGAAGACUUGGUAAACAAGAUGUGCCGUAACUGUGUCCGUUUCCCUAACAGUAGCUUGGAUAUUCCUAACCAUUUUGUAAAAACUAUCUUAUCACAAGGACAUCUGACUCCAUUGCCUCUUAAUGUCAGCCCUGUCUAUUGGGCUUAUGACUACACCUUGAGAACCUAUCCUUUGCCAGAUCUGAUUGUUUUUGCUGACAAAUAUGACCCAUUCACUGUAACCAACACCGAUUGCCUUUGUAUAAAUCCGGGAUCUUUUCCAAGAAGUGGCUUUUCAUUUAAAGUAUUCUACCCCUCUAGCAAAACUGUUGAAGACAGCAAACUCCACAGUCUCUAAAUCUCAAUCAAGAAGAAUAAGCCACAGUUUCUGGUCUUAAAAUGACUGAAGUACUUACAACUAUUUCUUAAAAUUUAGGAUCAUGAUUGUAACCUCACGUUAUAGCUAAUAUAUCUUAUGUAUUAUAUAUCUUGUAAAUACAUUUUAUAUAAGGAUGUUCAUGUGUCACAUCUUAUACUUCAAAUAAUUUGACUUUACUUUUACAAAAAGAAAUUUUGCUCACUUCCAAAAUAUUCAAAGCAAAAAUCUAUUUAACUUUCUUCUGAUUAGUGUUAAGCAAAUAAU